AUGACAUUGAUACUAUACCACAGGGACGAUGCUUCUAUGGUCAACAACUAUGAUCCAGGAGCAACGCCAUACAAAUUCGAAUCCGCCGCUAACACUAACCCAUCUCCAACACCAUUUCAGCUCAUCCUUCUUUUCUCUUCUUUUGGCCUAAUGUCAAUUGGCACAGUGGAAUUAGGGUGGCAAGCUGGCUUCGGAGUUCCUACCUUGCUUAUGUUACUUUCGGUUGUUUCGUUCUUCUUGGCUUCUUCGUUUUAUGUCAAGGUGAAGCCUCCUAAGGCUAGCUUGCUUACCGGAUUCGCUCAAGUCAUCGUUGCUUCUUGGAGGAAUAGGCAUUAUGAGUUUCCAAGCGAGUUGAAUGUGGACAAAGUUUAUCAUGUUGUGAAAGGAUCUACGCAAGAAUUUCCAAGCGAGAAACUAAGGUCUCUAAACAAGGCGUGUAUUGUGAUGGACCCUAGACAAGACCUCACCCCAGAUGAAAUGGUGGUUGAUCCAUGGCGUUUAUGCACAAUAGAUCAAGUUGAAGAUUUCAAAUCAAUCAUCAACUUAAUCCCAUUAUGGUCAACCGGAAUCAUGAUGGGUGUGCAUGCAAACACAACUUCAUUUCGAGUCCUUCAAGCAUUCUCGAUGGAUCGACAUAUCCUAACCCCAACCUUCGAAAUUCCUCCAGGCUCCUUUGGUACCUUUGGACUAAUCACAUUGAUGUUUUGGCUCAUCCUUUAUGACCGUGUUAUCAUCCCUAAGGCGUCCAAGGUCAUGGCAAACCCGUACGUUUGCACGUUAUGA